UAGAGAUACCUAGCAAAAACCUCCAAUAUCGUAUUUUAACAAAAACCAGUAAAAUAAAAAUCUCUUGACGAAAAAAAUCAAAAUCCAUUCGAUUUGGGAGUUGCUUCCGAAAUGGCUCCGAAGCCGAAAGAGAAAGCAAAGGCAUCUGCAGUAGCAAUCCCUGCUAUAUCAAUUGAAGAUCUCUUCACUUCGCUUAAUCGCCACAUUCAACGAUCCGAGUAUGAGCAAGCCGUCAAAGUUUCUGAUCAAAUUCUUGCGGCUGCGCCUGGAGAUGAGGACGCGAUACGGUGUAAAGUGGUGGCGUUAGUGAAAUCAGAUUCUAUAGAAGAAGCAUUGGUUGCUAUUAAAGACUGUAGCAAAAAGGGUUCUGUUGAUCUUAGCUUCUUUAAGGCAUAUUGCUUGUAUCGGCAAAAUAAAUUGGAGGAGGCUUUAGAGUCCUUGAACGGGCAAGAAGGAAGUACUGAGUCAAUGCUAUUGGAAUCUCAGAUUCUGUAUCGAUUAGGAAAGAUGGGUGCAUCUGUCGAUAUUUAUCAAAAGCUCCCAAAGUCUACGAUAGAUUCCUUGGAGAUAAAUCUUGUUGCCGGUCUGGUUUCUGCUGGAAGGUCUUCUGAAGUGCAGGGAACCUUGGAUUCACUGAGAGUUAAAGCAACUAGCAGUUUUGAAUUGGCUUACAACACUGCCUGCUCUUUAAUUGAAAGGGAGAAGUACAAAGAUGCCGAACAGCUGUUAUUGUCAGCUCGAAGAAUUGGUCAGGAAGCACUUAUGGAAGAGAAUUUAGCUGAUGAUGAUGUUGAAAUUGAAUUGGCACCUAUAGCUGUUCAAAUUGCAUAUGUACAACAGAUUCUAGGAAACACCCAAGAGGCUGUUGCAUCGUAUACUGAUCUUGUCAAAAGAAAUUUGGCUGACGAGUCUUCACUUGCGGUGGCAGUAAAUAAUCUCGUUGCUUUAAAGGGUCCUAAAGAUGUCUCUGAUGGCCUAAGGAAACUUGAUAAGCUAAUAGAGAAAAGUGAUGGACCAGAGAAGUUCCAGCUUGCACGUGGACUAGACUUGAAGCUCUCACAGAAGCAAAGGGAAGCAAUAUAUACCAAUAGGGUGCUGCUGCUACUUCAUUCUAAUAAGAUGGAUCAGGCUAGAGAACUUGUUAGUGCUCUACCUGGGAUGUUCCCUGGUAGCUUGAUGCCUGUACUUCUUCAAGCUGCUGUACAUGUGAGAGAGAACAAGGCUGCUAAAGCUGAAGAAAUACUUGGACAGUAUGCAGAUAAGUUUCCUGACAGGUCCAAGGUUAUCCUGCUUGCAAGGGCUCAAGUUGCUGCAGCUGCUGGCCAUCCGCAGAUAGCAGCCGAUUCCUUAGAGAAAAUACCUGACAUUCAACACAAGCCUGCAACUGUUGCGACCAUUGUUUCUCUCAAGGAACGGGCUGGUGAUACUGAUGGUGCUGAUGCUGUGUUUGAUUCCGCAAUCAAGUGGUGGUCAAAUGCCAUGACUGAAGACAAUAAGCUCAAUACCAUCAUGCAGGAGGCUGCUGCUUUCAAGCUCAGGCAUGGAAGGAAAGAGGAGGCAGCACGCCUUUAUGAGCAGCUAGUGAAAAGCCAUGGAAGUAUUGAGGCUUUAGUUGGAUUAAUCCAGACUGCAGCCCAUGGUGACAUUGAGAAAGCAGAAGCUUAUGAGAAGCAGUUAAAACCACUACCUGGUUUGAAAGCAAUAGAUGUCGACAGUUUGGAGAAAACUUCUGGUGCCAAGCAUGCCGAGAAAGGCCCGAAUGCUGGUGUCACUGAAACAUACGAAGCGAAGAGUAAGGAUAAGGCAAAGAAAAAGAGGAAGAGAAAGCCAAAAUAUCCAAAGGGGUUUGACCCAGCUAAUCCAGGACCUCCACCUGAUCCAGAGAGGUGGCUUCCCAAGAGGGAGAGGUCUAGUUACAGACCAAAGAGAAAGGAUAAGAGAGCAGCUCAAGUUAGAGGUUCUCAAGGUGCAGUGGCUAAAGAGGCAGCGAGCAAUAGCGAUACAAAAUCAAACCAGCCAGCUAAUCCAAAAGGAGGCUCUCAGAAUGCAAGCACUGUGCAAUCAAAGGUUUCAUCCAAAUCUUCCAGGAAGAAAUCAAGGAAGUAAUCCAACAACAGAUAACCAAUGUUUCUUUGUUAUUGUUUCGGUGGAUUCUUUUUGCCUGAUUCAUUUAGCAUUUUUGUUGUACAACACGAGUUAGUCUCGGAGAUGUCCAUUUAUCUAUUGGUAACUUUUUGUAGUUUUUCAUACAUAAGGUUGUAGGGGAGGGGCAUUGUUGCUUGCAUCUGAAGUUAACCUACCUUAAUCAGAUUUGGAAAGGUCUCAUUUACUUGGUUCUGUUAGGUCUAAACUAUUUAGGUUUGUGGCAUCAAUGGAUGGAUGAGCUAUU